UCUGAACCUGCCAACUCGCCAAUCUCUAGCCAUGUCGUCGCCUGCUACUUCAGCCCAGUCGUUCACCCUCAACACGGGUGCCAAGAUGCCCGCCAUCGGUCUCGGGACCUGGCGUUCUGAGCCUGGACUUGUCGCCAAGGCAGUUGAGGAGGCGAUCCGUGCCGGAUACCGGCAUAUUGACGGAGCGUGGAUGUACCGCAACGAAUCCGAGGUUGGCGAGGGAAUCCGCAACAGUGGCGUACCUAGAUCCGAGCUGUUUGUCACGACCAAGCUCUGGAACACGUUCCAUAAGCCCGAGGAUGUUGCCAAGGGUCUCGAUGAAUCUCUGAGGGACCUUGGCCUGGACUAUGUCGACAUGUAUCUCAUGCACUCAACGCUCAGCAUCACGCUGCCAGACAAGCCAUACGAGGGUAUCCCGGAGUGCGACCCCCAGGUAGACUUUGUCGAGACAUACAAGGCCAUGGAGAAGCUGCUGGAGACGGGCAAGACCAGGGCCAUUGGUGUGUCGAACUUUUCGCAGGCCAACCUCGAGCGUCUGCUGGCUAACACCUCGGUCGUGCCGGAUACGAACCAAGUCGAAUUGCACCCGUAUCUGCCGCAGCCCAAGCUCGUCGAGUUCUGCAAGGCCAACAGGAUCCUGGUGACGGCUUAUUCGCCACUGGGCUCCACUGCUGAGUUCAAUCUGCGCGAUGACCCAGUAAUUACCGAAAUUGCCAAGGCGCGCAAUGUCACGCCGUCACAGGUACUGCUUGCUUGGGGUGUUAAGCGCGGGACGGUCGUCAUCCCCAAGUCGACUAACAAAGAGCGCAUUAUCGAGAACUUCCAUCUGGCAGGCAUUACCGAUGAGGACUUUGCCAAGAUCAACGCCAUCACCCACCGGGCGCGGUUUGCCGAACCAGGAAACUUCUAUGGCAAAGCGUACCAGGGCAUGUUCGGCUUCGAGGAGGCGUAAAAAGCACCUUGCAUUAUCUGAGUAUAUCACCAAUCAUGAUGCACCGAUCUUGAGGAGAUAAUGGCCGCAUGAUAUCACGCUACAUAUGCAGCAAUAGUGGGGAGUUGGGUAUGGUCCAGAGCACGGUCCAGAGCACGGUCCCUCCCCUUGCCCUUGAUGACGUAGACGCAUAUUUUCCCGCUAGUUUCAUUCUGAGACAUUUGGUGUAUAGUCCUCCGAAGCAUGCCUCCCUUGCUUCCCUUUUGCU